AUGGAGGAGCUCCUCUCCAUCCCCGGGAUCUCGCUCGCGACGGACGAGGACCGCCCCGGCGGCGACCGCGGCGACGCGACGGCGCCCGGCGCGGACGCCGCCGAGGCGGUCGUCGUCGCGGACGCGGGGACGAGCGCGAGGGAGACGCGCACGAGGAAGCGCGCGAGGAAAGACGCCGGCGACGCCGACGCCGCCGCCGACGCCGACGACGCCCCCGCGCCCGCGCCCGCCCCCGCGCCCGCGCCCGCGCUCGAGCGCGUCGAGACGAGAGAAGCGGUCCUCGUCCCCGCUCGGCUCGUCGGCGCCAUCGUCGGCGUCGGCGGGCACGGCGCGCGCGCCAUCUCGGGCCUGACCGCGACGACGCUCACGUUCGAGCGCGACGACGGGAUCGUCAACGCGGGGUCGUCCACGCGCGAGGUCGUCAUCGAGGGCGUCCCCGACGCGGUCGCCGCCGCGAAGGAGAUGCUCCUGAGACGCGUCGAGGAGGAGCUCGAGGACGAGCGCGGGGGUAAUGAGGCGUCGCGAGAGAUGGGGCCGAUCGAGCCCGACGGCCUCGUCGCCGCGAUCAUCGGCAAGGGCGGGGUCACCUCGCGCGCGAUCGCGACCGUCUCCGGCGUGGACGCGUUCAGGUGCGUGGACGAGGUCGACCGAGGCGUCCUCGCGAGGUUCGGGGGGAGCAACGGAGCCGUCGCGCGGUGCGUCGGCGUCGUGCAGCGAUUCUUGGAGCACGGCGCGGACGUCGACGGCGCGCACGCGUACGCGGCGACGAUCGUCGCGGAGGCGGAGGCGAUGCGACGCGCCGCGGAGGAUGCGAGGAUGGGGAUGGAGACCGCGAGGAAGAGGGAGAGGGUGGCGGGAGAGGGAGACGGCGGCGGCGGCGGCGGCGGCGGCGGCGGCGGGGACGGCGGCGGCGGCGGCGGCGGGGACGAGCUCGACGAUCGGUGGGGAGGAUGGCGGACCGUGGCGACGAAACAUCCCGACGGGAGCGACAUGACGAUGUACACGAACGUCGUCACGGGCGAGACCACGUACGACGCGCCGAAGCCGCGGGCGUCGUAG